AUGGCUCCUAGACAACCCGUUGCUGGCCCCUCGAGGCAGAAGGGUGCCGCUCAGGCCCCUCCCCCACCCCCCUCAGUCUCGGGAUUCAACCCCUCGAGGACCCACUUCGCCCUUGCUCUGCCCGUCCUUGGCGCGGCCGACAAGGUGCAGGUUUGGGACGUUACGGCGGACUGUGUCGUGUCCGAGUGGGAGGUCGCCGGUGCCGCCAAGGUUACCGCCCUCUGCUGGGCUUCCGUCGCAUCUUCGGGUGCGGCCAAGAAGCGCAGGAAGAGGAAGUCGCUUGCUGGUGACGGCGGUGACGAGGAUGUUCUUAUCCUUGCGACCAACAAGGGCGAGGCUUCAACCCUCGCCUUUUACGCACCUCUGAAGGGGGAAGUUCAGCGCACCCUUCCACUUCCUUCGCAGGUCACUGCUGCCUGGUCGGAUGAGAACGGUGUCAUUCUGUCUACGGCCUCGAACCUCCUAGUUCUUGGCCCUGACGCCUCGGCUAUCGCCCACACUGUCGCUCUCCCCGCGACCGUGUCGUCGCCUGCCGCUGUCGCCCUUCUCCCCACCUCGACUGCCGAAGUGCUCCACGUGCUCGUCGGUACUCUCUCGGUCCUUGCCCUUCACCUUACCUUGGCAUCGUCUUCGAUCACACACACCUCUUCCCCCCUCCCGGUCUCGACCACCUCGGUCACUUCGCUGCAGCCAUUGCCCUUGACACAACAAGGGUCGUCGUUCCUCGUCGUUUCGGAGGACGACCGCACCGUGUCGCAGUACACCCUGCAGUCGCCCACAUCCACACCAAAGCUGUCGUACCGUUACACCGCACCGACCCUUUCGCCUGUGCACUCGCUCGCCAUCUCGUCGGAGCUCCUCUCGGUUCUCCACUUUUCGGGCGAAAUCUCUCUCUUCCCCAUCCCCUCGGAACUCGACUUUGCUCGCCCCAAGUCGGACUCCAAGCCCAAGCAGAUCAAGCUUGUUGAGGGCAAGGAUGAGCGUAUCGCUCGCAUUGCCCGCGCCGAGUUUGCCGUCGUCGACGAGGGUGCCCAGGGCGCACUUGUGUGCGGCCGCAUGGCCGGUGGUGGUCGUGUCAAGUGGUACAAGGCCGUCUACGAGCUGCCCGAGGGUGGUCUCCGAUCGUCGACUGUCGUCAAGUGCGACGCUCAGGACCUCAUUGCCUCGCAGGCCCAGGCCAACGGCUCGACCCUCCAGCGCUUCCAGGCUCCCGCCAAUGCCGUUCAGGCUGCUGCCGACGAUGAGGACUCGGAGCCCGCUGCCGCCCUCCCCACGGACGUCGACAUGGCCGACCUCUCGCUUGGCGAGCGUCUUCUUGCUGUGCCCGCUGCCGCCCAGGCCAACGGCACUGCCGCCGCCGCCGAGCCCGCCAACGCCGCGUCGCUCGUUCGUAUUCUCGUCCAGGCCCUCCACACCUCGGACCCCGCCCUCCUUACCCUUUGCCUGUCGCACCGUGACCCUGUGCUCAUCCGCAACACGGUGCGCAAGCUCCCCGCCCAGCUCGCUCUGCCACUCCUCAAGGCGUGUGUUGAGCGUCUCGGCCAGGGCAAGGGCAUGAACCGCCGUGGCGGCGGUCGCGGCAAUGUUCAGAACGAGCAGCAGGGCCGCGGCACUGUCGAGUGGGUCAAGGGCGUGCUCAUUGAGCGUGGCAACAUUCUCAUGACCAUGCCUUCGCUCCCUGCCCAGCUCUCGGCGCUCUCCAACCUUCUCGCUACCCGUAUGGAGCUUUACCAGCCCCUUCUUUCGCUCUCAGGUCGUCUUGACCUUGCGCUUGCGCAGAUCAACAUGCGCCGCCUUGCCGCCGAGCAGACCAUCGACGACAAGGGCGAGGGCGAGCACUACGUCGAGGGCGAGAGCGACGACGAGGUGCAGAUCGAGGUUGGCGAGGACGACGAGGACGCCAUCGAGGACAUCAACAUGAUGGCCGGCUCCUCGGACGACGAGUCUGACGAGGACGACUCGGAGGAGGACGAUGAGGACAGCGACGACGAUGCGCUCGACUCGGACGACGAGGCUCUCCUGGAUGUCGAGGCUGAGGAGAGCGAGGAUGAGGAGGAGGAGAGCGACGACGAGUGA